AUUAAAUGCAUUUAACUGACACUCCUUCAGUUCCAUCUGCCCUCGUUUUAUUUGAACAAUAACGUGGUAGCACAGACAUGUGGCGCCUUCUUUCAGAGGAUAUCCGUUGCAUGUUAUUUCAUUACACAAACUGCAGACGCAGGCGGAUAAACCAUCUAGCGGUGCCAUAAAAAGUGCCGUUGCUGUUCUCCGCUUUCCAACCAUCCUGUUUGUCGAGUGAUCAAAAUUCAGUCGGGCGCAUUUUGGCGGAACUUCUGCAUCUUCUGUUCCAGUGAUGGCGUAUCUGUUUUCAUUCCUGAUCGUAUUUGUUGUCCUAGGUUUGUCAUCUGCUAGCCCUACUAAUAUUGAGCGACGAAUGAAGAAACAAGUCGUGGAUUUUAAUCUCGACAUCAUCGAGGGUGGAAUUGGCUACACUGAGAAAAUCGAGGUGGAUCUUGAAAAACAAACAGAAUUGUUUCAAGUUCCUACUCAUCCUGGUGUGGAUCGCAGCGAUGUGUUGCACGAUUUCAAAAACAAUUUGACCAUGCUGCGCUUCCCGAAAAGCAAGAUCUGUUACCUGUUUCCUCUCGUAAAACGUCAAUCGAGGCCAGAGAAGCUGAUAAGAGACCAUAAGAGGGCUCAGAAGAUGAAUAUUACAGAGACAAGACGCGUGUACAGCAGGUGGGUUUUGGAUGGAGAAGUUACUGAUCGGUCAUGGCUUGGUGAAGAGCUGAACGACUUUUGCGCUCAGUACACGAUAUACCACGUGACUGAGGAACGGGAACACGAUACCGAAGAACAAACUGAAAGCGGAACAUCGCCAAAUAGGGUGAGACGUCAGUCUAAGAGUGGUCUGAAUGAUACGAAACUGUGCCCAGGAGGAUUGGACUUGAAUAGCGCCCUACAAGUAUGUUCCGAGCCCAAAAAAGAAUGCGACCAAACCCUCAUGUGUUUCGAGAUUUCCAGAUGCCACGACUUUUGGAGACGCCGGCGUUCGUUGCCAUUUUGGUUCUCAUACGGCGGCUGCUGGAAUGAUCACGACACUAGAAAUAUUGUCGAAUGUUGCAGUUACGUUUGUAAUGAUAUUGAUGAACCAACCACAGGAACGGUGGAAAACAUAGGCUCAGAAGUUUUGUAGAGGCAUCUUUAAAUAUUUGGCCAAUUUAGCUUUCUAGAGAUACAGAACAAAACAAGCGAUGCUAUUAUUUCAAAUAUCUGGCCUCAAUUGAUUAAAAAUAUCUAGUUUCUUCA